AUGGGUAAGAGUCGCAGACCGUCUUGGAAACGGUAUUCAUUCGCGGUUGUUCCGCUUGUGAUAAUGGUGAUACUUCUGUGGAGGUUUUUGCAUACAACGGAAGCCACUGAUUUACAGGCGCUGCUGCAAAACCUACCAAGGGAGAUCACCCAAAGCAUCGACAAAGUUUCUCACGAAAAACAGGAUGAAGCUUCCAUCGUGGCGAUGUUCGAUAAGCUGUCGGAGGACCUACUUCGGAAACAAGACGAUCAGCUGCGCAAAUUUGAAAAGGAGCGCAGAGCUCUGGAAAAGCGGAUCCAAGAUCUUAGACAACCGUCCACUCACGCUACCUUGCGAGAGAAACUAGCCCACGUAUUCGAAUAUCGCGCAUCAGCACGGUUCCCUGCAUUUAUAUGGCAAACAUGGCCCUACUCCGAUAUGGACAGUCGAAUGGAUCCAGAUUUGAAAGCGUAUGAAAGGCAUUGGGGCGAUAAAAACCCGGGAUUCGUUCACGAAAUCAUCAACGACGACACAGCUUCUGCGCUCAUUCACUACAUAUAUUCUCAUGUCCCAGAAGUCGUCGAGGCCUAUGAUCUUUUACCAUCGCCGAACUUGAAAGCGGACUUUUUCAAGUACUUGAUUUUGCUUGCUAGAGGUGGUAUUUACGCAGACAUCGAUACCGAUCCCUUGCAGCCGGUCCCUAAUUGGAUCCCCGAGAAUGUGUCACCAAAGGAAAUCGGAUUGAUCAUUGGCAUAGAAAAUGACGCUAGUAAUCCUGACUGGAGGAGUAGCUAUGUGAGAAGGUUACAGUUUGGAAAUUGGAUUAUUCAAGCCAAACCCGGCCACCCAGUUGUUCGUGAGGUUGUUGCUCGCAUCACCGAGGUCACCUUGCAACGUAACGAGGACGGAGAACUUCGUAAGAACCUAAGAAAUGAUCUAAACAUUAUGGGAUGGACUGGAUCGGGGAUCUGGACCGAUGUUGUGUUCACUUACAUGAACGACUAUGUUCAAAGUGGGAUCUUAAGCAAAAUUACUUGGAAAGAGUUUCACAAACUGACAGUUGCCAAACUUGUUGGUGACGUUUUAGUUUUUCCACAAGCCUCGUUCAGCGCACCUGAAAAGGGAUCUAAACCGAAGGAGGGCAUAGAGAGCAACAAGGCGUUGCAUUUUGCGAGACACUCCGGGCUCAAGUCCUGGAAGGCUGCCCCCAAAGUAGGAGGGGAUAAAUAG